GUCUAGCGGAAAUGAAUCCCCCCCAAACAACCGUCAAGUUGUCAUGUGACUACCAACAUGGCUGCCACGCUAACAAGCGAACAUUUCGACAACUUGCAGCUUCUUCUUAAGGCCCCUUCCAAAGAUGCCGUAAAGGAUGUUUGUAUGGCAAGUCAUCGAGGUCUUAAUCGCCCACUGACUCAGAGCACAGCCAACACACUCUCCAUUCCUGAAGCUCAGGCUGCACAGUUGGUCCAGUCCCUCCACGUCCUCUCGCAACACGUGGUCUUCCACAACCUGAGCUCCCCCGAACAGAUCCUCCAUCUUUUCCCUGAGUCAUUCCACUCCAGCCUGAAGAACCUGCUUACAAAGAUCCUUCUGGAGAACAGUGCGGCAUGGAAAACAGAAGCUGUCAGCAAUCAGAUCUCACUCCCUCAGCUCAAACAACUGGACUGGAGGGUCGACAUGGUGACAAGCUCGGAUUCUGUCAGCCGCAUGUGCAUCCCGACUUGCCUGGUCCAGUUCAAGACAGAGAAUCCGUGUUCUUCCGAGGGAAGUCAGUCUGUUACCGUGGAAACAGUGGAGCUGAGCAGAGAGACCGUGGACACCAUGCUGGAUGGACUAGGACGUAUCCGGGACCAACUGUCUGUGGUCGCUGGCAAAUGAAAGCUUCUUGAGAGACUGGCCACCCUAGGUGGUUACAUCAUCACCAUGGUCCAGCCUCAUGUUGACUAACGCAAAAUAACCACAUUAUUGUCACAUUUUUUAUUAUUACAAUUCCAUUACUAAUUAUAUAACAAAAUUACUGUAUAUAACAAAAUUACUAGAUUACAUUGUCAUUAGAUUACAUUAACUCUGCCCACAAACCAAAAAAAAAACAGCCUAUAACUGCUUCGCCCCACUUAACUGUGUGUCAAGAUGUGUGUGAGUGUUCAGGAGGAUGUUAGUACUGUGAUACCAUCCAUGUCCAGCUCCACUGUAUGAACACUGAAGUUUCCCAGACCCUGUGAAGCAUGCAACAAAGCAACAAAUUUAAUUUUUUUUAUAAUUCCAAUUGUAACGACUUGGCUUUUGUCCUUACCGGUGUGUUGUUGAGGACCUGAAGCACUGCCUGCUGUUGUCUAGGCUGGCGGGUCAACAGGCAGAGGAAGCCGCCACCCCCUGCGCCAACCAGGCUCUGACCCAUGACCAACGGGCGCAGGGCGUCCAUCAUGACACGAACUGAUGCCGGUUCACAGCCAGGCGCCAUCAGCUUUUUGUGGUGCCAUGAACGGUCCAAGCAGCAACCCAGUUUUGACAAGGAACCUAGCGGGAGCAUGCGUGACAUCUACAUAUGAUACACUGUAUAGCAGGGGUCUCAAACUCAAUUUACUUGAGGGCCACUGGAGCUCGGGUCUGGGUGAGACUGGGCCGCAUCAGGUUUUCCAAAAAAAAAUUAAAAAAAACUUCGCUUUGGUUCCAAUUUUCUACAAGAAAAGCUCUGAUAAAACAUUCCACUGUU